AUGAACCCGGUUUUGAUUUCAACCAAGAUACCUUUUAGCAACGCAAUUCAUUCGCUCUGUUUUCUCGAGUACUCGUCGUUUGCUCCCUUGUGCACUGCUAGUCACUGCUUACGGAGUCAGCUCCGCCGCGUCGUCUUGAGACCCUCUGGUCGGGCCCCACUCCGCAGCGGGUCCCAACCCGCUCCCGCAAUUUGCUUCAUGGCAAGAUGGCCGAGCGGUCUAAGGCGCCAGCUUCAGGUUAAAUCUGAUCCUGCUGGUGUGGAAACACGCGCGAGUUCGAAUCUCGUUCUUGUCAUAAUCCUUUUGUUUCGGGACGGACUUGUUGGUUUUUGUCCAAUGAAAGUUUGGUCGAGUCGAACUACGGUCCAUGGCGAUGAGAUGGGCGGCUUCGUGAUGCGGAUGGCGCCCACUUUGAACAGAGAUGAGAACGCGAUGCAUGCUCAGCGAGGCAAAGCAGCCAUACAUGAUGCAUUUCUUGGCUACAUCGAAUGCUGCCUUGGCGUCCUCACAUAUGAUCGAGGACGAAAUGAACGGCACCUGGCGCGCACCGGUUGUCCGUUCAACACAAUUUGCCCGGAGCCGAUUGCGUGCGUUAUUACGCCGCUUCUGUUGUACGUGAAGAAGAUCUGGAGAGCUCCGUCUAGUAAGCUGUGCAUCCACCUUGGGGCUCUGGCACGGAGGACAGCUAAUUCUCGACCUUCUCUUUUCCUCGUCCUCGACUUGGUUUUCGUGUCCGGUCUCCAUUUCCAACCUGAAAGAGAACAUGACAGAGAAGACGAUGCGGCUAGCCGCUUUCCUGACACGCCGUCACUGGCACUAUCCUUGGGGGAAGGAGACCUAGGCCGCCCUGCCGCUGCCCUAGAAAGCUUAGCAUCUGCUGAAGAAGCAGGGGUUCGUCUGAAGUGGUAUUUUUUUCUCUUCUUCUUCUUCCCCAUCUCAGCCCCUCCUCGCGCACCGAAAUCGCAAAAGAUCGCUUUACAGUCGCGGGAAGAUGCCGAUGUUGGCCUACUUACUCUGUACGAAAAUCUCGAAUUGCUAUGCAUAGUAAGCGGUACAACUACUGAACUACAGCAUGCAUUCAUUGGCUUUGAAGCUCGUGUUGACCCCCCGCUGACUCCCCGUCGCGAUGGAGAAGACGCAAUUCAGCAGCCCAGCCAAGGCCCUGUGGACCUAUCCCACCGGCGGGAUGUGGAUUAUGUGGUGUUGCGGUCGGAUUUGAAAAGCUCCCUCCGUGAGGCCAGGAAGAAACCUGACCACGAUACUUCAAGGAGGUUCCUCGGUCAUCGGCCACGCAUCGGCGGACUCCCACCCACAUUCCGCCUAGCUCUCUGCACGCAAAAACAUAAUGGAUACAACGUACCAUUCAGCCAGCGUCAACAUUAUGCUCUCGACAUGGGCAUAUCAUCACACGCAUCUAGCAGCUUCAGGUGGCUGUAUGAAGAGACGAAGCAACGCCGCAUCGUCACUGAAUCUCAUCCGCCGCGAAAAGCUUGCAAACCCGCGCUAAACAACUUGAAGCCAUUGAAACUGGGGCACACGGCGUUUCUGACCACCAUCCACGCCCCCUCAUUCAUCACGACAUGGAACCAAUUCCGGGAACUUCCUGUAGUUCCUGAGUGGCCUUUUUACUCAUCUCACGCCCUCCCCUUCCCACCCAUGUCGGCCGUUCUGAAUUCAUCCAAUCCGGGAUCACUGAUCUCUUUCAAUCAUCUUAUCAGAUCAUCUAAUCUGAUCCUCUCGACCCCACCCAAGACGCGCUGGCGGGAGGACGAUCACAUCAAAAAGGACCAAACUUACAGACCCCCCCUUGCUGAAGAAAAAAAAAAGUCAGAGUGA